AUACGAAUAUGAAUAUCGUCCCAGCUGGCUGCGAGUCGCUGUACGCUAGAUUUUGCCGCGUCUGCCGAGACGAAGCGGACGUGAGAUGAAGAAAUACAACGAACAAGAGGGGAUCGGUAAACCUGCAUCCCUCUUGGAAAGAAGAGAAGGGAUGUUUUUUUCCCACAGUCAAUAACUUCCAUUUACCACUACUAGCACGAUUAGUUUUCUCUUGAGUUCUAAUGUCUUCCCUUCUAGGCCGCCUGAUCGUCAAUUUUGUCGUUCUGCUAAUCUCCUUCAUUGCUUACUCUUCUCAAAUAUUUGUCAUAUGGCCUUGGUAUGGACGCGUCGUAUCGGUCGAGCUCCUCGUUUUGCUCGUUCCCUUCAAUUUGCUCGUAGGGAUGCUCUUAUGGAACUACUUCCUAUGUGUCAAUGUCGACCCAGGGAGGGUACCAGAGGAUUGGAAACCUGACACACACUCGGAUGGUUUUGAAGUUAAGAAGUUGACCGGUAAACCAAGAUACUGCAGAAUGUGUAAGUCCUACAAGCCACCCAGGACGCAUCAUUGUCGACAGUGUAACCACUGUGUCCUACGUAUGGAUCAUCAUUGUCCCUGGAUAAACAACUGUGUCGGUCAUUACAACUACGGUCAUUUUGUUCGAUUUCUGUUCUACGUCGAUAUGGCCUGCUCGUAUCAUCUUGCAAUGAUGGUCCGAAGAGUGUAUCACAACCUGAACAUCAGCUACUGGGACUCAAUUGCGGGGAUAGAAUUCGUUUUCAUACUAUUAAAUUUUGUUGCGUGCAUCCCAGUUUUGCUCUCUGUCGGUGCCUUUAGUAUCUACCACUUCAACGGUAUCUCAAACAACACAACUACUAUUGAAGGUUGGGAGAAGGACAAAGUUGCUACCAUGAUUAGACGAGGAAAGAUCCAGGAUGUGAAAUUUCCCUAUCAUCUGGGGCGUCGAAGAAAUAUUGAAUCCGUCCUUGGACCAAAUCUUUUACUUUGGUGCUGGCCAACUAAACCGCCUGGUAAUGGGCUCAAAUAUGAACUUUCCGGAAGUGAAGAAUUGGAGCAGGCUGAACAACAAGUUUGGCCGCCUGAUGAUCCUAUUCAACCCUAUUUUGAAGAACCUGAAGGAGAGUUCAAAUUAUCGGAGUCACCAUGGACGUUCGAGAACGAGGGCGUCAAUCCAGAUCUCCAACCGUAUAACACGAAGCUUCGAGAAGACUCUGUAACACGCCGCCGUAAAAGCCGCAAGGCCGCAGGAUAUUCAACUCUGCCACCCUAUCAUCCGGAUUAUCAGGGAAGCGAAGGAGAGCAGUCAUCAGAGUCCGAAUCGUCUGAUGACGGAAAAUAUAACGGCAGUGGUCGUGUCCGUCGAGGCUCUGAGGGAUAUGAAUUCAAACCAACCGAUAGAGAGGAUAUGUUGAGGCGGUAUUUAGAACAAGUCGGUGAGACGCCAGGCCACUACAAGAGGUACAUCCCUCAGAUAGAGAGUGAGAGCGACGAAGACGACAUCCCGCUGAGGCAGGUUUAAUCUACGGGAACGUAUUUAAGGUUGUGAUUCAAUAUUGUUACAUGAAAUUAGGGAAUAUGGCGGUAUACAGUGUACUUAUUUAUAAGGAAAAUAUUUAAUCAGAACAGUAGAAAAAUAAACUUGUUCAGGAUAUUCAAGAUGCGAAUGAACAAAGGCUCACGAGAACAGG